AAUUAAAAAACACAACAACUUACCGGCUCUAUUCCAUUCAAGAGGAUUCAAAGCAAGAAGAAAGCAGAAAUAUUAAUAGUUGUUUGGAUUCAACAGAACACAGAAACACACACCAAAACACCAAAAAGCAAUAAUAAUAAUAUAGCUAUGAGGAAGCAACCAAAACUCUCUGUUUACCUUCCAUUAAUAUUGUUUCUUCUUUCCUCUCUUCAACUGCAAACACCCACUUUUGCCAUCAAAAAGUCAUAUGUGGUGUAUUUGGGAGCGCACUCUCACGGCCCAGAUUUCUCACCACUUCUUGACUCGGAGCGUGUGACUCAGUCCCACUAUGAGUUCCUUGGAUCGUUCUUGGGAAGUCAUGAAGUUGCCAAAGAAGCCUUGUUUUACUCUUAUACAAGACACAUCAAUGGCUUUGCUGCAACUUUAGAAGAAGAAGUAGCUGCUGAGAUUGCUAAUCAUCCUAGAGUAAUCUCAGUUUUCUUGAACAAAGGACGGAAAUUACACACAACUCGUUCAUGGGAUUUCUUGGGACUAGAGCAUAAUGGUUUUGUUCCCAAAAGCUCACUUUGGAAGAAAGCAAGAUAUGGUGAAAAUGCAAUUAUUGGAAAUCUUGACACUGGUGUAUGGCCUGAAUCCAAGAGCUUUAGUGAUGAAGAGUUGGGACCAAUUCCACCAAAGUGGAAAGGAAUCUGCCAAAAAGGCCUUGAUUCCUCAUUUCAUUGCAAUAGGAAGCUAAUUGGAGCAAGAUACUUCAACAAAGGCUAUGGUGCAGCUGCUGGCCCACUCAACUCCACUUUUGACUCACCAAGAGACAAUGAAGGCCAUGGCUCUCACACCUUAUCAACUGCCAGCGGCAACUUUGUCCCUGCAGCAAAUGUCUUUGGCUUUGGCAAUGGAACAGCCAAAGGAGGAUCACCAAGGGCAAGAGUUGCAGCCUACAAAGUCUGCUGGCCACCAAUUGAUGGUAACGAGUGCUUUGAUGCAGACAUCUUGGCUGCAUUUGACAUAGCCAUCCAUGAUGGCGUGGACGUUUUGUCGGUGUCACUUGGAGGAUCCCCCGCACCAUUCUUCAAUGACAGCGUUGCAAUUGGAUCGUUCCAUGCCAUCAAGCAUGGCAUUGUUGUGGUCUGCUCGGGAGGGAACUCUGGCCCCGCUGAUGCCACCGUGUCCAAUGUCGCGCCGUGGGAAAUCACCGUCGGUGCAAGCACUAUGGAUAGGGAGUUUCCAAGUUAUGUCAUCCUUGGCAAUAAGAAGAGCUUCAAGGGACAAAGCUUAUCAGCUAAAGCCUUGCAAAUUGGCAAAUUCUAUCCACUUGUGAGUGCUCUAGAUGCUAAGGCAGCUAAUGCAUCGGCUGCAGACGCUCUGUUAUGCAAGCCUGCAACACUUGACCCCAAAAAGGUGACGGGGAAGAUAUUGGUGUGCCUUAGAGGUCAAAAUGCAAGAGUGGACAAGGGCCAACAAGCCUUAGAAGCAGGUGCUGUUGGGAUGAUUCUUGCCAACAAUGAGCUUACUGGAAACGAAAUUAUUGCUGAUCCUCAUGUCCUUCCUGCUUCACAUAUCAAUUACAAUGACGGCAUCAAUGUCUUUACUUACAUCAACUCCACUAAGUCUCCAAAGGGCUACAUUACACCUGCAACAACAAAAUUGGGAACCAAGCCAGCUCCAUUCAUGGCAGCUUUUUCAUCAAAAGGGCCGAAUACCGUCACGCCUGAAAUCCUCAAGCCUGAUAUUACUGCACCAGGAGUCAGUAUCAUAGCAGCCUACACUGAAGCACAAGGGCCAACGAACGAAGAGUUUGAUAAGCGGCGAAUUUCGUUCAACUCGAUAUCAGGAACGUCAAUGUCAUGUCCACACGUUUCAGGCAUUGUUGGCCUCCUUAAAACCCUCCAUCCGGAUUGGAGUCCUGCAGCUAUUAAGUCGGCAAUUAUGACCACCGCUAGAACGAGGGAUAACCAAAUGGAGCCACUGCUAAAUUCUUCUAACUUCAAGGCCACACCUUUCAGUUAUGGGGCAGGACACGUAAAUCCCAACGGUGCCAUGGAUCCCGGGCUAGUUUAUGACUUAUCUUUCAAUGACUACCUCAACUUUUUAUGUGCACUCCGAUACAACGCUACACAAAUUGAAAUGUUUUCAGAGAAACCAUACAAAUGCUCCAAGAAAAUCAGUCUAACCAACCUCAACUACCCUUCAAUCACCGUCCCAAAACUCUCCGGUUCAAUCGCGGUUACUCGAACCUUGAAGAAUGUUGGCACUCCAGGAACUUAUAGAGCUCGAGUUGAAAACCAAGCUGGGAUUUCAGUUUCUGUUGAGCCAAAGAGCUUGAAGUUCAAGAGGGUUGGUGAAGAGAAAAGUUUCACACUCACCCUCAAGGCCAAAAAUCCAAAAGCAGCCAAGGAUUAUGCAUUUGGAAAAUUGAUUUGGUCAGAUGGUACGCACUAUGUGAGAAGUCCUAUUGUGGUCAAGGCAGCCUAGAAAAGCAUGCAUUUUUUGCUGCUAAUUCCAAGUCGCCAAGAGCAAUAUGCCUACUUUUAGGCUGAUUCAAAUCAAGAAUAAUAAUUUGUAAAAGGGGGAAAAAGGUUGGUUGCUAAUAUUUAGCAAUAGUUUCCUUUCUUCAUUGUAUUUUGCCCAAUAUUGUCAAUUGUCUCUAAAUAAAGAGACGUAUGUA